AUGACGUCGACGUCCACGUACACGGGUGCGGUGCCGUCGGGAGUGAAUCUCGACCCCCGCAUCGUGCCGUUCUUCGAGAAAUUCUACGACAUCAGUGACACGCCCGCGGCGCACGACGCCUACGUGGCCUCGUUCCUCCCCGACGCCGACUUCGUCAUGGGCACCAAAGUCACGCGCGGGUCCGACGGCAUCCUCGAGCUCCGCAAGGGUCUGUGGAGCGGGCCCGUCCAGCGGCGGAAACAUACCCUGGAGAAGAUCUUCCCGUUCGGCACCGGCCAGGACGCCCGCGAGGUCAUGCUGUACGGGAGCGUCGAGUAUGGGUUGAAGAAUGGGAAGGAACUGACGGUGCAGUGGGCUGCGCGGGCCGUGCUGGGCGAGGACGACGACGGCGGGUUGAGGUUCAAGCUUUAUCAGGUUUAUUUGGAUUCUGCACCUGUCACCAAUGCCCUAAAGGAUGAUUAG